AUGGAAACAACAGCAUAUUUGCAUCGUGUAGAUUCAUCAUCAUCGGCUCGCGUGGUUAUUGUUCGACAUAGUAAUGUCAAAGAGAGACCGAUAACUUCAAUAAAUUCUGAAAACAAUCUUCAGCAACCAUUGACUAUUGUUAGACCGAUUUUAACGGUAAAAAAAACUCAAAAAUCUCCGUUCAACAUGCGCCGUCGAAAAGCUAAAGAUCCAUCUUUAAUCGAGGAUCAGCGAAUAUGUACAAAAGAAAACUGUUUAAGUUGUUGCAAAAAAUUUACGGCAUUCAUGUUUUCACGUGUCGGUCUAUUUUUUGUUAUGAUCGGUUAUGUUGCGUUAGGCGGUUGGCUAUUUCAAGGUCUUGAAGCUCGCAAUGAACAAGAUAUGCGUCGUUCGAUGAGUGAAAAACUUAAUUCAACACUUUAUAAACUAUGGGAUGAAAUCUUACGCGUAAAUUCAUAUCCGUAUCACGAUAAAAGAGGAAAUUUUACAUUGUACGCAACAGAAGAACUUGAAAAAUUUGAAGCAACCGUUAUUCAACAAGUGCAGCAAGGUUUUGACGGACGAACACGACCUGGUGCAGACCCCGAUUGGAAUUAUUUUGGAGCUAUUCUUUAUGCUGUUACACUUGUAUCAACAAUAGGUUACGGCCAUAUAACAACAAAAACAGUAGCAGGGAAAAUCGCUACUGUACUUUAUAGUGCGUUCGGUGUACCAUUAAUGAUGCUGUUCGUUGCAAAUAUUGGUUCAACAAUGGCUAAAUUAUUUGCAUUUGUAUUUAGCCGUAUAAAGAUUAUAUUUUGUUGUCGAUGGAGAAAUAAAAAUAAACGAGUCAGUUUAAAAAAGACUCCACAACAAGACGAUAAAGAAACAACAAUCAAAAUCGAUGAACAACAAAUUACAAAAAAGUCGAAUCUAAAACAAACAAAAGCCGAUCAAGAACUAUUAGAGAAAGUUACCACUGAUGGAUCAUUGAAACUUUAUUUACCAGCACAAACAGAUUCAUCGUCAAAUUUACCUUCUCAAACUAACGAAAUUUCAACAUCAGAUACAAAACGAUUACCAGCUGAUAUCCGUCUAAAUAUGCUAACCGGAGCUCCAACGACUAUGAAUAAAUGUCGUUCAUUAGCGUCAUCAACAAAUACAGUCGAGGAACGAUCAAAAGAUGCACUCGAUCGUAUUAAUGAACUUAUUCGAAAAAAUUCCGUCCUAGAUACUGAUAAUACAGACAACAAUGAAGUUUGUAAUGAUGACGAUCGUUUACUAACAUCAACUAAUCAAGAUCGACGACAUCAAUUGCAUAAUAUUAGUUCAAUAGAAUUUUAUAUUAAUGAAACAAAUAAAUUAACCAAUAAUUUAGAAUCUUCGCUCGAUGAUGAAUCUAUUAUAAAGCCGGAACCAGAAAAGUCAGAUAAUGCAAAUAUAAAACAAUCGACUAUACCUGAAACUACAACAACAACAAGUCAUGACAAUACCGAGAAUAGUCUCAUUGCAAAAGAAAUUCCAAAAACGAAAACUACAAAACAAAAAUUAAAACGUUCAAAAUCUGAAUCAACACACAAUCGUAAAUCAACUAGCAAAAUAAGCAAUGAAGCUGAAGAAUCACCAACGAUAAAUAAUAAUGAAACGACUAAAUCGAGUCGUCGACGAUUUUUUCUAUGCAAAACUAAAAAGAAUUCAACCGAUGAAAUCAAUCAAAACGACUCGUUAGAACAAGUCUCAACUAAAAUUAUCAAUGAUCCAAGUCGAAAAUUAGCACGAAAAUCACAAAGUUUCGAUGAACGUUUAAGUUUUUUUCCUUCUCCACCUGACUAUGAAGAAUCAACUGCACAGGAAAUAAUUCCAUCGCCAGCAGUAACAUGGAAACCUGACAAUGAAUUAUAUUCAGCAAAAGCAACAUAUGAUUUUCCGAAAAUGACUCAUAUGGAAGACGACGACGAAGAAUAUUAUGAAGAUGAACAAAUGACUGUACCUUUACUUGUUACUGUUUUUGUCAUCCCGCUAUAUUUAACACUCGGCGCUAUAUUAUUUAAUAUUUGGGAACGUUGGGGUUUUCUUAAUUCAUUUUAUUUUUGUUUUACAACUUUAACAACAAUCGGCUUUGGAGAUUUUGUACCUGGUUCAUCAAUAACUGUUUUAGCUGCAAAAGAAAAACUUAUAUGUGCUUCAUUGUAUAUUUUACUUGGUCUUGUACUUAUUGCAAUGUGUUUUAAUCUAAUGAAAGAACAGUUAAGUCAAAAAGUUAAAAAAAUCGCUGGCAAAUGGGGGAUUUUGGAAACUUAG